CGCAUGUUCUUGCCUUAAGGAUACGAACAAAGAGACAAUACAUAUAUAGACCAAAAGUACAGUUACCGCUUUUAUUUAGCAGAAAAAUUAGGCUACGGUGACCAUGGGGCAAUCAGAGUACCGCGAACUGCCCGGGGACUUCAACGCCAUUCCAUUGACGCGCUCGCUUCGUCAGGAGAUGGAGGCGUUCGAGCCAAUCAUAAGCUUUAUGGAACAUAUCGACAACUCGAUUGACGCGACAUCAGGGCGCAAGGAGCCUUGGAUUACCAUCAAGCUGAACCUUGAUGGACCGAAAGGUCCAGAACUGAUCUUCGAAGACAACGGCCGGGGUAUGAGCAAGGACCAGCUGACGACUUAUAUUGUACACGCAUCCACUACAUCAAGGAUCCCUGACAUGCACAGAGACGUGAACGUCCUUCCCCUGACCUCGUUCAUCAAUUGCAAGCUCAACCGUUUCGGGCGUGGUUCAGCAGCUACUGUGUACUUCGGCGACUUCAUCCAGAUUGAAAGCUUUAAGGCCCCGCAAAGCCCCGAGGAGCCCUACCUGGUCCAUCGGCUGGAUUUCGACUACGGCUCGCAAAAGCACACCGAUAAGUACAAGUUCAGGAUGUUCGCUAAGGACUAUGCGGCGGCCGAGGACGAGCUCGACAGCGGGACGACCAUUACGAUCACGCAGUUGCUGCCAGAGAAGCUCGCCGCCAUUUCGGGUAAAUCGCAGCUUCAACGCCUUGCGAAGGAGCUGAGCCAGGUCUACUACUUCUUCAUCUACGGCUUCCCGGAGCACCUCUGGAAGAAGCUGCCGCAGGAGCUCACCAGCGGCUGCACGCGGCCCGAGGGUGGGCUGACCAUCACUAUGACGGCGAGGGGGAAUGGCACCGACUACUUCAGCGCCGUGCUGGGGCCAGACUCCGCAAGUCCCGGCUACGACUCCGACCUGCAUGUGGCCAUGCGGGAGUACGAGCGGCUGUGUCAGGCCAACGAAUAUCUGCACCCGUGCGUCAGCUACCUGCGGUACCUCCCGCCGAACCAGAGCCCUCUCGGCCCCUUUGGCAAGACACCUGGCCGUACGACACCCGUCGCCACCCCCCGCCCAGCCGCUUUGUCCUCCGGCCAGGAAAGGCCGGGAACCGCAGGGCCCUCCGCCGGUUGGGCCGGUCGAUCCUCUGUGGGCCCUACACCGGUGCGUAAGGGCGGUGGAGGCGGCGGCGCGCAGCCGGGGGCUGCCGGUCCGGUGUCAUUGGAUGACAGCGGUAACGACCUCGACACCCGGGAGAUUGACUGCGUGUGUGACUUCCUGGUCAUCUGGCUGUACUUCCCGUACAGUGCUAGCGCACGUACCAAGCCCGGCGACGUUACCAGCGAGCUGUUCACGUUCCCCUUUUGGAGCGGCAAGGACAUGGUCAAGUCCAAGCUGCACUCGCAGUUCCCAGACAUCUACAAGGCGGCGGUUGCGCUGGCUCGCAAGCACCAGGACACCCAGGGCCACGCGCACAAGCUGGAGGACAGCGGGCGGCUGCUGGGGCUGCUGCUGGUGUCGCCGGACGCGCUGUCACACCAGCACAAGUCGGACUUCGAGGGCAAGGCGUACGAGCUUUUCUGCAAGGCCGGGCCCGCCACCGGUCUUCCCGCGCCCUUCGACGUACUCCCGCGCCUCAUGACCUACGUCUGGCCCCCUGGCAGCGGCCCCGCCGGCAUGCCCGCUGGCUCGGAGGCAGGGCCCUCCAACGGCGGCGUCCCCGACAGCACCUUUGCGGCCGGCCGCCGCGGCCGCCGCAGCAGCACUACUCACGCGGGAGGGGGUGGCGUGGCGGGCACUCCUGCGCGGCGGUUUCCCGACCAGGCCGGGUGGCAUGAGGACCAGGUGCACGCCGUUGCAGCCAACCAGCUGCACGCGGCCUUCCAAACCUGGUUCAAGAUGGAUGACGACGGGCAGUUGGUGGGCCCCCAGAUAGCGGACCUAACGUUACUGGAUCUGCCGGAGCCCUGGGGCUUCGACCUGGCGUCACGCGGCAUGGUGGAGUACUCGCACAAGUACGCGUUCGACAAGGGACGCGCGCCUCUGGAAAGGGGCGAGAUGGUAAUGGAGGGUGACCCGAUUAAAAUCCACGCCAAGCGUGAUGAUCACAGAAACGCGCAGAAGAUGGCGGGGCACGCGCGCAUGGUGGAGGUGUUCUUCUCGCAGGGCAACGACUUUGCCAAACAGCUCUUCGCGGCGGUGAGGCCCUGGAGGCCACACUGGGCGCCACUCGCGGCGCUGCAAUCCAACAGCAUCAUGGAGUUGCAAGUGCUGUGUGCCGGCAAACUCGCGGAGGAGAAGGAGAAGGAUAAGGAGCGCCGAGAGCAGGAGCAGAACAAGUUGGUCAAGGAAUGGGAGUCGUUCCUGCCGUACCGGCUGGCGGUGCUGCCGGGAGAGGAUGGCCCGCCGGGCGCCGAGUACGACCCGAACCACAGCUUCGACAGCAUAACCGUCGCCCUGAUCUCGGCACCCGCGGCGGAGACAGGGGGCCGGCGCAAGGGCAAGCAAGCGCGGGAAGUGGAGAUGGGGCGCACCCAGCGGCACUUCACUGGCUACAAGGCCGCCGUGUCCAUGGUCAUCGAGAAGCGCACGGAUGCCUCGAGUGGCUGGACCAAGGUGGAACAGCUGCAGGGGGUCGCCGUGGAACACAAGUACCUGUUCUCCGGCUUCUGCCAGCGCGUCUGCGCCCCCGGGGAGUACCGGCUGCGGUUCGUGGUGGACGAGGGCGACGGACCCCGCCUGCUGGACCCCACCCACACCCUGGAGCACAAGUUUAAGGUGACCAACGGCCAGCCGGUGCGCCUGGUGGCGUUCUUCCUGGCGCAGCAGCCGGGGCAGCCGGGCGGCGACCUGCGCAUGCUGCAGCAGCCCCCGGUGGUGCGGCUGGGCGAGGUGAUGCCGGUGCUGGCGGUGCAGCUGCUGGACAACCGAGGAGCCAGGACGGUGUUCCGUCCCGACAUGGUCGAACGGCUGGAGCUGCCCUGGAGUGCGGGUGACGCGGGCGGCGGCGGCGGCAGCAACGCCGGCAACCCGCUGGAGAUCCUGGCCAAGGUGCACAACGGCGACCCGCUGAGCCUCAAGCUGGGGGUGCGGAAGGCUGCAGCAGCAGCAGCCGGUGGGAGCGGUGCCAAGACCCAGACGUUGACGUUCUCGGCGGAUGGCAUGACCAUGUUUGUGAGCGGCCUGUGCGUGGAGCCAAUCAAGCUGAAGCAGCGGACGCCGCUGGACAUGCAGCUGGCCAACGUGCCCCACGUGGACGUGCGGUUGGAAGUGGCGCUGCGUACGGCUGCCGGCGCGAUGGGCCGCGGUAAGGUGUCGCGCAUCACCACCACCCCUGCGGAGGGUGACCCGCGGGUCGGUGGAGACGCGGAGCUGGUGCUGACGAGCGGUCCGGCGGCUCGCAUCAAGGUGGAGCGAGGCAACUGGUUCAACGGCAAGGCCCGCACUGACCCGCUGACGCUGAGCAAGGGCGCCGAGGUGGACAACGACCUGGCGCUGCGUCUGGUGGAUGACAGGGACAACCCCUACUACAUGCACCCGGGCGAGAAGCGGCCGCGCGUGCGGCUGCAGGGCGUCAGGGAAGGCGGCGAGGGUGGCCGACCGGCGCCGUUCUCCUUCCGCAGGCAGGCACUUGCAGCUAACGCCGGCGGCGGAGCAGCUGGGGGUUCAAGGGGCCGGGGCGCAACCAGCGAAUUCGUCGACACGAAAGAGCUGGAGUUCGACGCCUCGGGCAACCUGCUGACCAUCAGCGGCUCCGAGGUGAAGGCCACGGGACUGCCGGGGGACACGGGUACCCUUACCCUGGAGCCCCUGAACUUUCGCUGCCCGAAGCUGAGCGGCUGGGUGCAAGUACGCAAGGUGAUGCUGGGUGUUGAGGAGGACAAGGAUGACGACGCGGAGGCAGCAGCAGCGGCAGCGGCACCCCGGCAGCAACAGCGCCAGGAGCGGCCCGCAAACGGCCAUGUGCGUGACUUUGUGCUUGACGGCACCCGGCCAGCCAAGCGGAACACCAAGAAGGACCUGACCUGGGCGGAUUUGGAGAAGAAAGAGGAGGACGGCAGAUGCUUCUUGGGUGAUGCAUUCGAGCGGCGCUACGAGUACACCUCCUCCGGGCCCCGCGAGCUGUUCAUCCGGCCCUGCGGCGCCGCUCUGCGCAGCCGGUCCGAGGUGCUGUCCGCGGCUCGGCAUGCGCUUCAGAUGGCCGCUGUGGUGUACGAGCAGUGCUUCGUGGUGCGGCCGGGGCAGCUGCGGCUGGGCGGGCUGCGGCUGUCGCUGUCGGAUGAGGAGGAUGACGAGGUGGAUGUGCUGCUGCAGGCGGCAGUCAAGGUCUUCAUCGGCGGGCGGGAGGUCUGCAGGAACAAGCUCACCUUCGACAACGGCCGUGUCGCGCUGCCGGAGCUGGUGUUCCUGCCCUCCGACUUCGAGGUGCCGGGUCGCACGGUGGCCGUACACGUGCGCGACGCGGAGGGCCGCUCGGGCAGCGCCCAGGCGGCAGCCGCCUUCUGCUACGGCACCUUUUACGUGCGGCAGGAGCCCCACCCCACUCAGCUGCGCCUAGCCCCAGUCCCAUGCGACCUCCUGGCCAGCCGCCCAGCCGUCACCCCCUGGUUGCUGUCCUCUGCCUCCGGAGGCCCCUCCUCCGCUGGGAACCUCACACCGGGGGCCGGCUCCUCGCGCGCCUCUCCGCCGCCGCCAACACCCCCGCCGUCUUCGUACUCGCAGCCUCAUUUGCAGCAUGCGGAGGGGGUGUUGAGGCUGCCGCCACCGUCACAGCCAGCGGCAGGAAGCGGCCGUGGCGGGGCUGCUGCUGCUGUCGCGGCGGCUGCUAGCCACCUGCAGCUGCUGCAGCUGCAGCCGGUGCGUGGCGGGGGGGCGGCUGUGGACGCUGCUACCUUGCUGGCGCAGGGCUUCUCCGUGGGACAGCAGUGCAUUGCCGUGCAAGCAGGCCAAACCCUGCAGCUGCCCCUUAUGGUGGUGGACCAGUACGGCCUGCCGCUGCCCAUCACACCCGCGCUGAAGAAGCGGCUGGAGGAGCACACCUUCGCCUACUUGGAGAGGGCGCAGGACGCAGCCACCGCCACGGCCGUGGCUACCGGAGGCGCCGGCGGGCGCGGCCCCCGCAACCAACGCAACCGCCGGGCGGCCUCACAGGAGAGCGAGCCUCUGGACAUCCAAGGAUGGACGUGGCCGCAGCUGCAUGGCUCUUUGUCGGCAGACGACCAGGGUGCAGCGCCGUCGGAGGUGCUACCUGUGUGCAAGGUGCAGGUUCGACUGGUCCAGUCCAUGGGACCAGCGGUGCUGUGGCUGCACUACGACCCCUCAACCGCUGCCCCACGAGGCGCCACCAAUACCGCCGAGGAGGAGGAGAAGGAUGAGGAGGCUGGCGAGCUCCUCCCCCCGUUGCCCGGGGCGCUGGUGGCGGCUGUGGCACUGCAGGUGACCCAUGGGCCGCUGGCGCCCGGGGGCUAUCAGCUGGCCGUCGAGGAGCCGCAGGGCGUGCAGGUGCAGCCGCUGUCCGCCCACCUGGCUCGCGGUGAUGUAGCCUCGCAGCUACUGCCGCCCCCGCCCGAGUGCGGCCGCAUCUUGCAGCUGGAGUGCGCGGAGCUGAGCACCCUGAGACUGGCGGUGCAGCUGCAGGACGCCCAGGGCUGCCCGGUGUCCGAGGACGGCUCCUUCGAGCUGCGCCACCUGCUGCCCCACCCCGCCUCCUCCUCCUCCUCCUCGGGGAGCCCACCGCCCACCAUCAGCCGCGCCGAGUGCCGGGUGCAGCGCGGGCUGCUGGCCGCCCAGCUGGCCAUCGGCACGGGGCCGGAGUGGCAGCAGGCGCCGCAGCUGCUGCUGCUCACACCCAAGUCGCCCAACUUUGCGCAUGCAGCCGCCAGGCCGCUGGCCGUGUAUGUGCUCGUGAAGCGCGGCAGGUACCCGGUAGAGCCGCUGGAGCUGCUGUGGCUGGGCGGCCCCGAGCAGCCGCUGCCGCCCCUGCAGCAGCGGGCACUGCAGCUCACGCUGACCAACAAGGACCCCGCUGCCGGUACCGCCGCGGGAGGGGAGGACAGCGGCCAUGGUAAUGAUGGGGGUGACGGCAGCAGCAGCAGGGGUGUGCCCCGGCUGCCUGGGUUCAAGCUGGGGGUUCACAGCGCCGACGGCAGCAGGCUGGAGGGCAGGGAGCUGCAGCCGCUGAGGCUGCGAUACGAGCGGCAGGUGGACGUGGACGGCCAGCCGGCUUGGGUGCACGACCCCUCGCAGCCCGCGAGCGAGCUGCAGCCGAGUGCGGAGGGCGGCUUCGAGGCGCGGCGCGGUGAGGUGCUGCUGCCCACCCGCACACGGACCCGCUGGCGGCUGGUGGCGGUGUACGAGGACCCGCGGGUCACCCACCCCAGCCACCGUCUACAGCCCUGUCCCAUCCUGGAGCUGGAGCUCCUCCCCGGCCCGCCCUGCCGCAUCGCCCUGGAUCCCGAGUGCGAGUCGCAGCUGGGCCCCGAGCCCUCGCGGCGGCAGGCGCAGGUGGUGGCGGCGGGGGAGGUGCAGGGCAUGCGGCUGCCGGAGCUCAGGGGCUGCCUGGUGGACAGGUGGGGCAAUCCCUCGCCGCCGCCGCCUCACACCUACCUGUUCCUCACCUCACGCCCCAAGGCCCUGGCCGCCACCACCGCCGCCGCCACCUCCGCCACCAAGCCCAACAUCAUCAAGGCGUGCGAGGUGGACCCGCACGACGGCUCCUUCGCCAUGCCGGGCGAGCAGCUCUCCAGCAUGCAGUUGGAGGCGGGGGCGGAUGUGGAGCUGCUGCUGCAGCUGGAGGCGGAGGGCGGCGGCGGGGGCAGCAGCGACCCGGGGCAGCCGGAGCUGCUGCUGCGGACGCUGUAUGUGUCGUCCAGGGGCGACGGCGCGACGUUGCGGCGGCAGAUGCAGGAACUGGAGGAACAGAUCGCGGCACGUGAGGGGCAGCUACGGGUGGAGGAGGGUCAGCUGCGGACGGCGGAGGCCGACGCGCAGGGGCACCGCGAGAGGUGCCGGCAGUGCCGCGCGCAUCUGCGGCAGCUGGGGGUGCAGCUGCCUGCGGGGCAGGAGGAGGAGGGGGACACGGACAUGGAGGACGGCACCGCCGCGAUGGAGGCGAUCGACCGAGCAGCCGAGUUUCUGGAGGCGCAAAUACGGCAGCUGGGGGGUCCGCCCCACUUCGAGGACGCAGCCAUGAUCCGCUUCACUCCCGGCCCCGCGGUAAACGCCAAUGCCUCGGUCUGCCUGGUGCCGCGCCGCCGCGACCAGCACGGCGAGCGGGACUAUGAGCGACUGAGGCGGCUGGCGGGCGCCUGCGCCGGCGUGCCGGGUGCGCUGGGGCCGGUAGUGAUGCUGGGAGCGGUGGAGCGGAGGGACGUGGCGGAGACGCUGUGCUCCUACCUGGAAUGGCGCUGUCAACGCGUGUAUGUGAGGGGCAGAGAGGCUGCUACGGAAUUAAGGCGGAGGGUGGAAGCUAUGAGGCUCAGCGGCAAGAUCAUGGACUUGGAGAACCCAAAGCUGUUAGCCAAGUAUGAGCUUCAUCCCGACGAACAGAAUCUCGACCACCCGCAGGCGCUGCUCCGAAAGCAGCACCUCCGCGACCUGUAUCAGAACGUCCUCAACUUCGAGCCGGUGCAGCAGCCGACCAACGAGCUGCCGGCGCAGGGCAGCAACAGACGCAGGCCGGAUGCCAACGACGGCUUCAUCGGCUUCGCGGUGAACCUGGUGGUGCUGCCGCCGCAUCUGCUGGCGGAGCGGGUGGCGGUGCGAGAUACGCGGGGCCGCGGGGUGGUGCAGGCCAACCUGCGUCAGACCAUGCUCAAUGUGCUGUUCCAAGACCUGAUGGUGUUUGAGACGGAGGCGCACAUCGACGCGUUUAAGGCUCGCUGCCGCGCACAGAACCUACCGCUGGAAACGCAGCUUAUUGCUGUGGACGGCCGCGGUGCUUUGAACAUCGGCGAGGAAGCGGAUGAGGACUUCGGCGAGCGCACUCCGCCCAAUGUGUUCUACUCGGGCCUGCCAAUUAACGCGGUGGCGGGGCUGGGAGGGGACGGCUGGUCCGGCGGCGCCGUCGACCUGCGUCUGAAGGCGCUGCAGCUGCGGGCACGUGCCCUGCAACAGCGCGAAGGGGAGAUCUUCCACUUCACAGGGCAGCUAAACGAGGCCAGCCCCCACCUGCGGGCCAAGCAGCUGCAGGCCGCCUCCAAACGCAACGCCCUGGAGCAGCUGCAGACCCAGCUGCGACCCGAGAUCGAAUCCCUGCGGCAGAAGAUGGCGCUCUGCCAGCCGGAGAUGGCGCGGGUGUCCGAGCGAGAGCGGCAGCAGCAGCAGCAGCAACAGGGGCAGCAGACGGCUGGGGGACAGACGGCUGGGCGGCAGGGCAGGCAGUGCGGCGGGAGGAGGGCGGCGUGGGGCGCAGGGGCGGGGGGUGGAGCGGGGACGAGGC